AUGGCAACAGACAUUAAUCUAGUUUCCCAAAGUGGAAGGAUGUCGCAAACAUUCAAGCCAUUCCUCCUUCCAUUGCUUGGUGGCUUUGCUCUUAUGCUCCUCCUAGUUCAUGCCCGGGAUGAUCAACCAGUGGUAUCAGAGCUUGUUCCGAUUAACCUUGGGCGUUGGUUCACUCUAAACCUCUUCAUCCAUAAACUAACACAUCUUAUAUACAAUCCAUGCCUUCCAUGUGUCUCAGGAUUCAUUAGCAUAGACUGCGGCCUUGCCGGAAAUUCCAGCUAUACUGAAAACACAACCGGCAUUAACUACAUUUCAGACGAAACCUUCAUAGACACGGGUGAAAGAAAAUCCGUGUUACAGGAAUAUGGCUAUAGGUAUCAAGAGCCCUACACGUCUCUUAGGAGCUUCCCUGAAGGAAACAGAAACUGCUACGAGAUCAAUGUUACUGAUGGCUACAAGUAUUUAAUCAGAUCAAGUUUCGUAUAUGGGAAUUAUGAUGGCCAAAAUAAAGUUCCUGAAUUCGAUCUGCACCUUGGAGCUAACUUAUGGAGCUCGGUGAAGUUGGAGAGUGCAUCUACUAUCACACACAAGGAGCUCAUACAUGUCCCUGGCCGAAACUACAUACAUGUUUGUCUGGUAAACACAGGCUCCGGGGUCCCAUUUAUAUCAGCUCUAGAAAUAAGGCCUUUAUUGAAUGGAUCUUAUGUAACUGAAGGGGAGUCCUUGGCACUUGACAUGCGAUUUGACACGGGUCAAAACGCUAAUUUAACUUCAUAUCGGUUUCCAUAUGAUGCUUUUGAUCGCAUCUGGAAUGGCUACUACGACAAUGAUUGGACACAAUUAAUUACCACAUCCACCAUAGACAAUAGCAAUAAUUUCCGACCACCAGAAAUUGUCCUGAGCACAGCUGCUACACCGAAAAAUAAAAACGGUUCCUUGGAAAUACUGUGGCUGCCUUCUGAUAAUGUUACGGAAUAUUAUGUUUACAUGCACUUUUCAGAAGUUGAGAAACUCCCAGGCAACCAGUCUAGACAGAUGUACAUCAAUAGGGAUGGAGAACUCUUUCGCAAAAGUCUUGUUCUUGAGUACUUGUCCACCUGGACUAUUUACAGCACUAAAGCUCAAAGUAGUGGAGGACAAUAUAAUUUCUCAAUCUUUAAGUUUGAGAACUCUACCCUUCCACCAAUCCUCAAUGCUAUCGAGUUUUACAUGGUAAAAGAAUUCUUAGAAUCAGAAACAAACCAAGCAGAUGUUGACGCAAUCAAAGAAAUCAAGUCAACUUACAAGAUUAAAAAGAACUGGCAAGGAGAUCCAUGUGUCCCGCAUGCUUACUUGUGGGAAGGUCUAAACUGUAGCUAUCGUGAAAAUGAGUCCCCAAGAAUCAUAUCCUUGGACUUGUCCUCAAGCGGACUGACAGGGGAGAUAGCUACUUCUAUAUCCAAUCUCGAAAUGAUACAUACAUUGGAUUUAUCAAACAACAACUUGAUAGGACCAAUUCCGGACUUCGUGUCUCAAUUGCCAAACUUAAAUGUGCUAAACCUGGAGAAAAACAAGCUCACAGGCUCAGUUCCAAUUAGACUAAUUGACAGAAACAAGAGUGGAGUUGUUGCAGAAGCAAAAGACACCAUUGGGACAUCAGUGGAGUCAACAAAACGGCAGUUUACAUACUCUGAGAUCAUUAAGAUCACGAACAACUUCAAGCGGAUUCUUGGAAAAGGUGGAUUUGGAAAUGUUUAUCAUGGCUACAUCGACGAUACUCAACUAGCUAUCAAGAUGCUUUCGCCAUCCUCGGUUGAUCUUCUUCUGAGAGUUCAUCACAAAAAUUUGACAAGCCUGGUUGGAUAUUGCAAUGAUAAGACUGGGGUAGGGCUUGUCUACGAGUACAUGUCCAGUGGAAAUUUGCGUGAACAUCUUUUUUCAGGUAGCAGCUCAAAUAUCUUGACUUGGAAAGACAGACUUCAAAUAGCAAUAGACGCUGCACAAGGAUUGGAGUAUCUGCACUAUGGCUGUAAGCCACCAAUAAUCCACAGGGAUGUAAAAUUAACAAAUAUUUUGCUGAAUGAAAAUUUCCAAGCCAAGCUAUCUGAUUUUGGACUAUCCAGAACUUUCCCCUCCAAUGAUGACACUCAUGUAUCGACCGUCGUUGCUGGCACUCCCGGCUACCUUGACCCAGAGUACAACCUAUCAAACAGGUUGAACGAGAAAAGUGAUGUUUAUAGCUUCGGGGUUGUGCUGCUGGAGAUUAUCUCCUGUCGACCUGUUUACUCAUCAAGGGAACAUGAAAGAAUUCACAUCAGUCGGUGGGUGAGGUCCAUGCUUGCAGAAGGAGACAUUUACGGCAUUGUUGAUCCGAGGUUGGAGAGACACUUCAACACGAACGCUGUAUGGAAGGUUGUGGAGAUAGCAAUGGCAUGUGUAUCUCCAAAUGCUAUAAAAAGGCCAACCAUGAGUCAGGUGGUGGUGGAACUAAAGGAGAGUUUGGCAACAGAGAUUGCUGGAACAAGGCAGAGCCAUGAAACUAAGUUAACAAAUUCCAUUGAGAUAAGGUCUGAUAGUUCGAUCUCUAUGCUAAAUCCCUCGAACAGCAGCUCCUCCCAUUUGUUACUGUUCAUCGCACCAGUUUUUGGGCUGCCAUCGCCUCCUCCGGCCACCCCAAGCGACGACAUGGAUAUCAAAAGAACCAGCACGUUGUCCUCUACCACCCUCACAUCUCAGCCGCUGCCAACCGUCGUCUGGAUCACCGAAAAAAGCAAGAAAUUGGCCGGUUUUUACCCAAAAUCUCCAUUGCUCGUUCGGGCGAUUCCGAGCACCAUUUUCUUCGAUCCAAGUCGACGUGUUUUCUCAAAGACAACAGAAGCAAUUCACAUUAAGAAAUGGGUUGAUUCUAUGCUUCUAAAAGAACACAUCGACAGUAUUGUUUAUCCCAUGCUUUCAAAAGUCGUUGAUCCCCGGUUAGAUGAAACUUUCAACAUUAACUCUGUCCGGAAAGCUGUGAAAAUAGCAAUUGAAUGUGUAUCUACAGAUCCCAGCAAAAGGCCAACCAUGAGUAAGGUAGUGGUGGGACUAAAGGAGUGUUUGGCAACACAACUGGGUUGA